AUGGCCGCCCGCCUGACCUGCUGCCUCCUGCUGUGGGCCCUGGGCCAUGGGGGCUGCCGCUCGCCCGCGGGGGAGGGCGCCGGCAGCGCGCCCGCCUGCCCCGUCCAGCCGCCGGCCGACCCGCACUCGUCCGCCCCCGGCCGCGACCCCCGCGGCGGCUCUUCGCCGCCCCCUGGGCUGGGCAGCAUCGCUCAGGACAUGGUAGCUGUCCACAUGCUUAAGCUCUACGAGAAGUACAACCGGGAAGGGAGCCGGCCCGGCGACGGCAACACGGUCCGCAGCUUCAAAGCCAGGCCGGAAUUCCUGGCCCAGAAACCCUUGUACUGCUUCAAUCUGACAUCCAUGCAGGAUUCAGAAAUGAUCCUUGCUGCCACUUUUCACUUCUAUGCUGACAAACGCCCUCGGCAUCGGGAAGUGUUUUGUAAAAGGUCCAAGAACUCAUCCUGCCGCCUCCUUCACCUGCCUCCAGUCCUACGGCUCAACCUAGUUUUCCAAAGCAUUCACCAGAAUUCUGCCUAUGGACUAGUGAAGGGGAACUUCACUGUGCUUCUUCAAAGGCAAGGGGCUUGGCAUGCAAAGGACAUUUCACACAUCGUAAAAGAAUCAAAACGAGCUGGAGAGCUCAUUCUCUGUGCUGAGCUUGAUUCUGGGGAGAAACACCAGGGCUUCUCCAAACAGGCUGCCAGUCAUUUACCUUAUAUACUGGUUUAUGCCAAUGAUCUUGCAAUCUCUGAACCUAACAGUGUAGCAGGCACCCUACAACGCUAUGAUCCAUUCCCUCCCAGUGACGGGGACCCAAAUCUAUCCCCUAAUGCCUCUACUGACACUCGAGUUAGGAGGGAUACGUACCUCGCUAGCUCUAUUCAGAACAACGAGUUGCCAGAAGUAGAUUAUAACAGCAAUAAAUACAACAAACAUGACAUAUGGGAGAAUGCCUACAGAUCCUUGAAACCAAAAGCCUCACGCAAAGAUCGAAGGAGAAAAGGGCAGGAAAAUACAGAAACACUUAAAAAGUCUCAGGUGCUAAAUUUUGAUGAGAAAACAAUGAAGAAAGCAAGGCGAAAACAAUGGAAUGAGCCAAGGAUUUGUUCAAGAAGAUACAUGAAAGUUGACUUUGCUGAUAUUGGCUGGAAUGAAUGGAUCAUAUCUCCCAAAUCAUUUGAUGCCUACUACUGUGCAGGUGCAUGUGAAUUUCCAAUGCCCAAGAUUGUCCGGCCAUCAAAUCAUGCUACAAUUCAGAGCAUCGUAAAAGCAGUAGGAAUCAUUCCUGGCAUCCCAGAACCCUGCUGCGUUCCUGACAAAAUGAGCUCGCUCAGUGUCCUGUUCUUAGAUGAGAACAAAAAUGUUGUUUUAAAGGUAUAUCCCAAUAUGUCAGUUGAAACUUGUGCCUGCCGAUAA